UUUAGUUUUAAGAAUUAUUUUAUUAGAAUGUUUAGUGAGAGGCCAUGCCAUUUAAUUGGGCUUCAAUAUUAACAAUAUGGGCACACAGUUGAAGCCCAAUAAAUCAGACGAGAGGGAGGGAGAGAGACUGAGACUACUUUCAAGGCGGCAAAAUCAACCAACCCUAGAAACUAGAAGAGAAGAGAGAAUCAAUGGCGAGCAGUAGCGGAGAGUCCGGCGAACCAAAGGGGACGAUAUCGGAGUACGAGAAGAAGAGGCUCUCAAGGAUCGCUGAGAACAAUGCCAGAUUGGAAGCUCUCGGCAUCUUUAAAUCCGCCAAGGCUCUUUCAUCUCCUCCUCCUAAUUCCAGAAAACGUAGAGCUACUAAUCCUGAAGAAGACGAUGAUUAUAGACCCCUCGACGAUGAUGAUGACGACGACGACGAUGACGAAGACGAAGACGAAGACGAGGAGUUUUUGGGUAAAAGAAAGAACAAUAAGGCCUCCCCGUCCCCAUCAAAGACCAAGAGAAGCGUCUUAUUAUCUAACAAGAAUUUGAAUCCCACUGGAGACGACGACACUGAUGAUGACUUUGACAAGGCAAUAGCGCUUUCUCUACAGAACUCUGUUCCUACCAAUGAAGACUCAUCAUCAGCUUCUACUUGGAAGACGAACAAGAAGCAUCAACCUGCGGAAUUUAUGAGCAAGAUGCAGAUGACGGAUGAUGAAUUGGUCGUUUACUUCUGUCAGUUUGAUGAAGCGGGAAAAGGGUUCAUUACUCUGAGAGAUGUGGCGAAUAUGGCCACGGUGCAUGAUUUCACUUGGACGGACGAGGAAUUACAAGCCAUGAUUCGUUGCUUUGACAUGGAUAAAGACGGAAAGCUAAGCUUGGAUGACUUCAGGAAGAUUGCUACACGAUGUCGCAUGUUGAAGAAAGAUUCUUCUUGAUGGAUUUAACAUGGAUGGGAACAUAAUGGAGCUAAAUUGGAGGAUUUGGAGCUUAAUCAAGUAUUGAGGCUGAGUUACAAAGUUGGGAGACGAAAUUGAGAGAGUGCAUCGAUCGACACAUUGAUAGCAUCGAUCAAUGCUAGGCCAAAUACGAAAUUGGAAGUUUUCCCACAAGUUUUGAAGAUUUACAAAUCUGCCCCAAAGUUUUCCAUAUUUGCAUCAUUGGUCCCUGGACGUGUUUAGGAGUA